GAAGGAAGGAUGCUUUUGGGCUCUGGGAACGUGGAGAAGAUGUGGUCUGCCCAGCUGUGUCUGGGAGUGCUGACCAUCCUCACCAUGGCUCUGUGUGUCCCGUCAACGCAUGGAGACCCUUUUUUACUCCAAGGUAAGCUGGAAUACAGGCUAUAUGACACAGAGAACCGAGUGCUUCCAGAGAGAGAAGACACAAAUCAUGAGAACACAUUGCUGACUCUGCUUCUUAAUAAGAAAUUUGCAUGGCGGAGGCCAGAAAAUAUUGACUGGGAGCUGGCAAAGAAAUUUGAAGAACUUGAGGAGCUGGAGAAGUUGAAGGAUCAGCUCUCAGCUGAGGAUGGGUCAGAGGUGGCCUAUGCCUUGGAAAGUCUCUCAGCAUCCCAGCCCAAAAAGCGCGCCUGCUUUUGGAAAUACUGCAUCUGAAGGCUUGUCAGGGACUGGAGGAUGAAGAUGAGCCCUUCCCCAAACUGCCUUGCUGGGUUUAACCUGCC